AUGGGCCUCUCCACCUCAGUGCUCGCUGCGCCCGCUGCGCCCGCUGCGCCCGCUGCGCCCACUGCGCCGGGUGACGACGACGUGCCGCCUUUGGCGCUGCAUGCGCGGGCAGCAGCGCAACUGCUGCAAUCAGGUUCUGUUGAGGAGGCCCAAGGGCCUUUGCAGGAAUGCCUGAAGGUGCUGGAAGAACGGGACAGAGAGGUGGACCUCAACACCUCCGAGCUCCUGGCCCUCAGCGAUGCUCUGAGCCUCGCCUUCCACGUGGCCCCCGCGUCCGUCGUCGUGGCCUUCCGCGCGGCGGCGCUGGUGGCGUGGCUGGCGAGACAUUGCCAGCAGCAACCGGGCAGGUGGAGCACUCCUGUGCUCGAUCAUCUCCAGCUCUAUGGUCGCCUCAUUUCCUCGGCUUGGGUGGAAGGAGGCGUGUUGACACAGCAAGCCAUGGACAACAAUCGUUACCUGCUGCUGCUGGGGGAGAUUAUGUGCCAGGUGAGUGAGAUUGAUUUGGAGCAGCGGCAGCAUUGGACCGAGUUAGCCUCGCGUUGCUUCGGCGCGGACUUUUGGCGCUCGAGUUUCUUCGCAAGCCAUUUGCAAAGCCUCCUGAAGAUCAUCACAGUGUGCCCCUUGCAGACCACACAGCACCUGGCCUUCCGCACACUGCAGGCGUGCGACGAGUCUGAGGACUUUCCAGGAUUGCUGGAUCGGGUGUUGGCAUUUCAGAUCUCAUGGGCCAAAGAUCCGGCGCUCUCGGCUCAGCUCAACACCUGGGCGGCUGCGGCUCUCGCUCAGCUGCAGUGUCGACCCGUGGCCUCAGCUGGCUGCUGUUUAGCUGCCUUUUUUGCUGAGCGGCUUCCUAAGACGGAGCGCCUACGGAAGGCUUUCGGGCCGCUGCUGCAGACUGCCUUGAUGGAGAAGGAGCCGCCAGGAGGUCUCUUGAAGCCUUGCAUUUUUAGCACCUGCAUGGGCUUGUGUGGCCCGCAGUCCGAGAUCUCUUGCAGCUUGGCCGUGACUUUGACAUCGCUGCUGCCUGUGCAGCUCAUGAGUGACCAUGUGGAACUGGAGAGGCUCCAGCGUUCCACACAGCAGGUGCUGUUGCCACGGCUCUGUGUGGCCAUGGGCAAAACGGUCGGCACCUUGAGCUGCGAAGAUCAAGUGGGCAUGGCUGGGACAUUGGAGUCCUGGGCAGCAGCUGUGUCAUCGCACCCGUCCGUAGGGUCUCCUUCACCUGCCAGGCGGCGUUUCUGCUCCUCCGCCUUCUUUGCUGUUGCCACCGUGGCACGGGAAGCCGAACUCUCCAAGUUGUGCCCAGAGGCGCUGCUGCUGUUCCUGAAGGCUUUGAGCGCGGUGGAUCGCUUUCGGGAGGACAGCCAGGAAUAUCGUGCCAUAUGUCUCAGCCUGGUCCAGUGCGGCCGAAACUUCGGGGCUGCCUUUGAAGAUGACUUGCUGGACACUUUUUGCGAGUUGGACAGAGGCCCGGAAUCGAACCGAGAAGUUCGGCUCUACUUUUGGAUGUCGCUCUUAGCCAUGGCCCAAGUCAAGGACCUGCAGCGCGCCUGGCCGGUGCUCCUCCGCUGCCUCCGCGGCAGCGGCGCCUUGGCGGCGCGCGCCGUGGCGCUGGCGGCGCUGUCGAAAGCGCCCGCCUGGGAGAUGCUGACGGCUGCGUUGGAGGCCUUUGAGGCGGCGGAGGGCGAAGAGAUCAUGAGUGCCUUGCAGCACAGCAUCGAUCGCUUUAUGGAGCUGGCGGAGUCGGAAGGCGGUCAGCAGGUGACCGCGCUGUUGCAGGAGUUACAGCGAAGGUGCCACAGUGCACAGCAGAGAGGAGACGACAAGAAGGCCGCGCUGCUGUUCCAGCUCCUUUGUUUGGCCCUGCAGAAGCAACCAGCUGCCACGGUGCAGGCUGCGGUGGCAGAGCUGCUGCCUCUGCAGCAACCCUUCCGCCAGCUCUUUGCCGCCCAUGUGGCAUCCACCUUCCCCGAAGCGGCGCGGCAACAGCUGGCAGCUUGGCUGCUGCGGCGCUUUCCCGAUGCCGCGCGCGCCUUCCAUGAGUCGACUCCGGCCAUCGGGGAGCCGCAGCCCGUGCUGCGUGCGGCGAUGUGA